UAGAGGGCUGCGCUCAAGAUAAUAAAUAUUAGAAUAAAAGAAGCGCUUUUAUUUCCCAUAUGACAAAAUGUCGGUGGCAUUUUCAUCGGCGCGCCCCAGGAGUAAAGGGGAGGUGACACAGCAAACGAUUCAAAAGAUGCUGGAUGAAAAUCAUCAUUUAAUACAGUGUAUAAUGGAUUACCAAAACAAAGGCAAGACAGCUGAAUGCACGCAGUAUCAGCAGAUCCUGCACAGAAAUCUUGUUUACUUGGCCACAAUAGCAGAUUCAAAUCAGAACAUGCAGUCACUACUACCUGCACCUCCCACUUCCAACAUGUCCAUGGGUCCUGGAGGAAUGGGCCAGAGUGGGGGACACGGCCAAAGCAACCUCAAUGACAACGUGGCACCAGGAUUGCCCCCCACAUCAAUGAUGCAGAGCCAAAUGAGCAAUGGCCCCAGCCAUGCUCCCAUGCAGCAGCAGUCUGGUCAGGUGCAGUCGGCUAUUCCCUCCGCUUCCCUCAGCCUGCCAGCCAGCAGCUAUGGUAGCUCGGCCUCAGCUUCUGGCUACAGCCACACUGCGCCCUCCUCCCAGGGCAGCAUGAUCCAGGGCCCUGGGCCUGGCUAUGGCUCUUCCUCUUCUUCUUCCUCCACACCCUCAUCCUCCUCUUCCUCCUCCCGCAGCAACCUCAACAUGCAGUCCAACCAAGUCACUAUGAUGCACCAACAGUCUGCCACUCCACACUACUCCUCAGCCCAGGCAGGGGGGCAACACUAUCAGGGACAGCAGACCAUGGGCAUGAUGGGUCAGGGCAGUCAAGGAAGCAGUAUGAUGUCUCAGAGACCGAUGGGAUCCUACCGUUCCUCACAGCAAGGAUCUGCACAGCAGUACAUGGGACAAGACGAGUUCUACGGAGAGCAGUAUGGACACACUCAGAGCUCCAGCGAGCCCAUAAACCAGCAGUAUUACCCUGAUGGCCAUGGGGAGUACUCAUAUCAACAAUCUUCAUAUGGUGAGCAAGGCUAUGACAGGUCCUUUGAUGAAUCUUCACAGCACUACUAUGAAGGAGGUGACAGUAACUCUCAGUACAGUCAACAGCAGUCACAGUAUCAGCAGGGCUCUGGCCAACAGCAGCAAUUCAGCCAACAGCAGUACUCCUCUCAACAAGGCUACAGCGGACAGCAACAGGGUUACGGUCCUGGCCAGGGUGGAUCCUCGCAAUAUUCUCAGUAUCAGCAGGGUCAAAGUCAACAGUAUGGCUCCUACCGCUCCUCCCAGGGAGGCCCUGGAGCACAGACGCAGAGACCCUAUGCCUAUGAACAGGGUCAGUAUGGAAAUUAUCAGCAAUAAGUUACUGCAUUGUGGUCCUGCUGGAAGAAAAUGAAUAAGGGAUGGUUCAACAGUGAUGCGCUGGCUCAGCUAUGGAGUAGAAGUUCUGGCUGCUUAAGAUUUAUUAUCCUAACAUUAAUCAUGGUUCUAGCUACAGUAAGAAUAACUAAUCUAGUCAUUGUGAUGCUCUCCUUAUCUGUUUGCUGGCUACAGGGGGUGAAAUGCUGUUGGCCUGCCCACAAAAAGUCAGGGUGCUUGUAGAAUCAGGACAGUUAAUAUGGAUUAACUAUGGACUAUAUGAAUAUGGAUUAAAUAGGGUACUGAAAAGGUGCAGUAAAGUUAUUAGAUAAGCAAGCAAAUUGCUUGUAUCCUUCUUUUUUUCUGUCUUUGCCUUUCAUUUGUUUUACUUUCCCCUGCUUUUAAUGUUUGUUUUAUUUUAUAAGGCCCUUUUUUGUGCACAGAUGAGUUUUAUGGUUUGUGAGGCUAUGAAAAGUAAAUUAGUAUUUAAUAGACUAGGUCCAGCUCUUGCUUUCAUUCCUAGCUGAAACACUGUUAUAUCUCACGAUAAGAGAAAUUAAUUUUAUGAAGGUGAAAACGUUGAUCCUUAAACCUGACUUGAUCAGGGGGGUUUGUCCGUGUUAGUCAAACUGUGAUGUGUUGCUGUGUGGUUUAACAUUAUGUGUUUUCACUCUCUACAUAUGUCUUACUGAGGUAAUAGAUAGCCGACUGAUCCAGACUUAAAAGUGUGUAUUAUUGUCCAUGAUAAUCAUACAUCGUGGUAGUAUUUUUGACACUAUAUUUUUAAGUGGCAUUUCUCCGCAUAGAUGGAGUGAAGAGGGUUUACACUACUCUGGUGCCAUUCAGUAAUGAUUUUACAUAUCUCCACUUUGUCUGCACUUUAUUUUGCAGUGACAGUGUAUGUAUUGUCUGAUAUUUUGUAUUGUAGUGCAAUUAAGGCUGUUUUUUUAACAAAUGAUCCUCAAAAAGCCAAAGUAACACAGAAACAGAACAUUAACGGGUCGUGCACCUUUACUUCAAUAAGUGCAAUACACUGACUCAGUCAUGUUGAGGUUGGCUCUUAUGGUGAACUCACACUGUUUAUCAUUAUUUAUAGUUUCCUAACAUACCAGGAUGGCAAAGAUGACUUUGUGGUUUGCUCAUUUUGAAUGUUGUGUUGCAGGUUUCAACUGACAUGUCAUAUUUCAGAAAAAGAUUUUCUGUAUUUAUGUUUCUCAUAGAUAGACUAUGUGAAGACGUUCAGCACAGACAUGAUGCUUACUUGUUUCAGUAUUCUUUGGAUUAGAUGAAGAAAAUGUGAACAGAAAAGAUAUAGAUAAGUGUACAUGUCGUACAAGCACACUUGCCUUAUUUUACAUAUUUAUUUAUGUCUUUCUCUAUCUAUCUAUCUAUCUAUCUAUCUAUCUAUCUAUCUAUCUAUCUAUCUAUCUAUCUAUCUAUCUAUCUAUCUAUCUAUCUAUCUAUCUAUCUAUUUAUUUAACACCUCUGGUUAUUUCACUAAUCACUGUUUCUUACAUUUUGAGCAGAAAUGAGCAUUAUUACUGUGACUGUGAGGGGCCAGCUUUGCAGUAUAUUCUCUAAUAACUCAACUUAUCUCAGAGGGGUAAAGUAGUUGUCAUUUUGCAGGGUUAAUCAAGAAUGUGAGAUACUUGGCUGUCAAACAGCCAAAUAACUAUGUACCCCUCAACAGUGACAAUCACAGGGUUCUCUAUAUUACAUUGACUUUGUAUCAGUGUUUCAUUUUACUGUGAACUGAACAUGUCUUUUCCAGUUCUAUGUUGUGUGUCAUAACUGAUGUGAGUGGUAUGCCGUGUGUGUGUGUGUGCAUAUGUGUAUGUGUAUGUAAGAGAGUGACAGUGAGUGAGAGAAUGAAGUUUGGUGUGCAUAAUCCAAAUAUGAAUGUUAUUACUUACUUAUAUAUUGUAAGACUGCAUUGCCUGAUCUUUUCUGCUGUCUUUUGUUACUGUUUGUUAUAUAAAAUAAACUGAC